CAAGUUUCUCAUCGCCAAUGCAAGAGUGGAGAACUGUGCCAUCAUCUUCUGCAAUGAUGGCUUCUGCCACAUGUGUGGUUACUCGCGUGCUGAGAUCAUGCAGAAGCCUUGCACAUGUAACUUCCUGUACGGACCUGACACCAAGCGACUGGCUAUCGCCCAGAUGGCACAGGCCCUGCUGGGGUCAGAAGAGAGGAAAGUGGAGAUCAACCUUUAUCACAAAGAUGGUCAGUGCUUGCUGUGUAUGGUGGACGUGGUGCCAGUGAAGAAUGAGGAUGGCGUUGUGAUCAUGUUUAUCCUCAACUUCGAGGUCAUGACAGAGGAGGCACUUCGAUACCGCAAACAGGAACUCAACCACCGCCUGCCCACCUGGCUUGUCACCGGUCAUCCUCGAGGCUUCAAGCUGCGUUUCCCCCUGCUGCGCUCCCUGUCCAGCAGUAAAGCGUCUCUGGACAACAAAGAGGCCGGUCACAUACCCACUGCUGCACCCCUGUCGUUGCACCCAGAGCACCACAGCGACAAAUCCUUAGGUCUAGGGGAGUUCCUGCCCCUUCCCCAUUUAGCACCAAACCACCAAGAGCAAAGUAGUGGAAGCAGGUCAGGUCUGCAGAGUUGGCCUGAAGACCAUCAGGAGGACCAGGCUAUCCUACUGUGCUCAGAGCCUCCUGUGCAUCCUCCUCCACCUCCACCUCUGUCCCACGGAACCCACCUGGUGGGUCCCCUCACUCAGUCGUCACCCUGUGUAGCACCCCACCACCGCCUCAGCCUCAACCCGGACGCUUCGGGCUCUACCUGCUCCCUGUCACACAGCCGCUCGCGGGAAAGCUUCCACAGCAUGCGCCGCGCCUCCUCUGUAGAUGAGAUUGAGGCCAUGAGGCCCGAUUGGGAAAGAAAGAACCGGAGAGCGAGUAUCCGACAGGGCAGCAGCAGCACCGGUGCAGUAAACAGUAAGUCCAACAUACUGAAUUCCACAUCAGACUCGGACCUCAUGCGGUACCGAACCAUCUCUAAAAUCCCGCAGAUCACUCUCAACUUCGUGGAUUUCAAACCUGACCCACUCAUCGCCUUGCCCUCUGGGGAGAUGGACAUUAUAGCUCCAUGUAAACUCAUAGACCGGACGCACAACGUCACAGAGAAAGUUACACAGGUUUUGUCUCUGGGUGCAGAUGUGUUGCCAGAGUACAAGCUCCAGGCUCCUCGCAUCCACAAGUGGACUGUGUUGCACUACAGCCCCUUCAAGGCAGUAUGGGACUGGUUGAUCCUUCUGCUGGUCAUCUACACUGCCAUCUUGACACCCUACUCAGCUGCAUUUCUCCUCCAGGACCAGGAAGAGACAGGUCCACAGAGUUGUAGUUACUGCUCUCCUCUCAACGUGGUAGACCUCAUUGUGGAUAUCAUGUUCAUCAUUGACAUCCUCAUCAACUUCAGGACAACAUAUGUGAACUCCAAUGAUGAAGUGGUGAGCCACCCGGUGCGCAUCGCCGUCCACUACUUCAAAGGCUGGUUCCUCAUCGACAUGGUGGCUGCUAUUCCCUUUGACCUUCUCAUUUCCCGCAAUGGAGAGGAGCCCACCACUCUGAUUGGUCUGCUGAAAACUGCUCGUCUCCUGCGACUGGUCCGUGUGGCCAGAAAGCUGGAUCGCUACUCAGAAUAUGGCGCAGCUGUUCUCUUCCUCCUCAUGUGCACCUUUGCCCUCAUCGCUCACUGGCUGGCCUGCAUCUGGUAUGCCAUUGGAAAUGUAGAGAGAAAUCGUUCAAUUGGCUGGCUCCACACAUUGGGGGACCAGUUGGGAAAACACUACAAUGACACCAUCCCAGGAUCAGGCCCCUGCAUCAAAGACAAGUACGUCACAGCUCUGUACUUCACAUUCAGCAGUCUGACCAGUGUGGGAUUUGGAAACGUGUCCCCAAACACCAACUCUGAGAAGAUCUUCUCCAUCUGUGUCAUGCUUAUAGGAUCCCUGAUGUACGCCAGCAUCUUUGGGAACGUGUCGGCCAUCAUCCAGCGUCUGUACUCAGGGACGGCCCGUUACCACACCCAGAUGCUGAGAGUCAGGGAGUUUAUCCGUUUUCACCAGAUUCCCAACCCACUCAGACAGAGGCUGGAGGAAUAUUUCCAACAUGCCUGGUCCUACACCAAUGGCAUUGACAUGAAUGCCGAUGAUUGGAAGACUUUGUCUCGGCAUGCAUGGUCCGACAUCAUCAGACAAAAUAGGAGUGAUGUUCUGAAAGGUUUCCCAGAGUGUCUCCAGGCAGAUAUUUGCCUCCAUCUGAACCGGACAUUACUGCAGAACUGCAAGGCUUUUAAAGGCUCCACCAAAGGAUGCCUAAGGGCACUGGCCAUGAAGUUCAAGACCACCCAUGCACCCCCAGGUGACACGUUGGUCCACGCCGGGGAUGUCCUCACUGCCAUCUACUUUAUAUCCAGGGGAUCCAUAGAGAUACUGAGAGGAGAUGUGGUCGUAGCUAUACUGGGGAAGAAUGACAUUUUCGGUGAGCCUAUCAACCUGUAUGCGCAACCAGGUAAAUCCAAUGCUGAUGUGCGGGCUCUAACCUACUGUGACCUCCACAAAAUCCUCAGAGAAGAUGUUCUGGAGGUGCUGGACAUGUAUCCAGAAUUUGCAGACCACUUCUGGAACAACCUGGAAAUCACUUUCAAUCUUCGAGAUACAAACAUGAUCCCAGGCUCUCCAAGCAGUGACGAAUCCAACUGUGGGGGAUUCAAUAAAUUACGGAGGCGAAAGUUAUCAUUCCGACGACGUACAGACAAAGAUGAUGCAGAUGCUGGAGUGAUUAAGAAGUCUCAUAAAGCUGUAAGACAAAGAAAAAGGGAAGCAGCACACAGUCAGACACAGGAGGAGGCACCUAAGAGACAGUGGGAGGUGCAUCGAAGCUCGGUGUCUUCUCACUCCAGUGGUGAUGAGGAAGUAGAUUCAGUUGUGAAAGGCCUUGUCCCUCCCCAUCCAGUGCUGGGGAAUCCCCAGGCUCAGGCAAUGCCCAUGAAUUUCAAUAAGAACGCUGAUGGUGAUGGAGACCCCAAGACAGGGAACACCUGCAAUGCCUUGUCAGGUGCCUUUUCAGGCGUAUCUAACAUCUUUAGUUUCUGGGGAGAGAGUCGUCAGUACCAGGAGGUACCCAGCUGCAGCCUGGCCUCCCCUCCACCCCCCAACACGCCGCUGCACAGCCUGAGCCGCCAGCAACGACAGCAGCUGGACACACGCCUGGACCUGCUGCAGAAACAGCUCAACAGGUUGGAGAGUCGCAUGUCAACUGACAUUGGCACGAUCAUGCAGCUGUUGCAGAGACGGAUGACCCUGAAUCCUCCUUCCUACAGCACCGUCUCAUCACCCCAUCAGGCUCCACCCUACCCUGAUCCCGGACCAGGUCCAGGUUCAGGAGAGAGAUUGGUUCAGCCUGUUACACCUCUGGAGACAGAGACUCAGUCCUCCUUAUCACAGAUCUUGGACCCCCACCAGUUUGAGAAGUUUCCAGCCAAGCCUCUUCACUCUCUGCAGCACAUGGACUCUGUGCUGAUCAGCAACAGCCAUGGCCAGCUCACCUCCUCUGGGCUGGAUGGCCUGGGGCAGCAUCUGGAGCUGGAGCUCAGAUUGGAUACUGGGGCUGGGGUUACUUCAGGAUCAGUAGUAGGUUUAGGGUUGGAGUUACAGAGCGGGGUAGCAGUGGGCCCAAGCUUAGGUACAGAGUUAGACUUUGGUUCAGGGUUAUGCACUGGGGCUAUGUUUGGGCCAACCUCUGGAUCAGGAGUGUCUCCCCUGGAUCCUAAUACCCAAAGGAGGCUGUCCCUCCAAGAAUCGCAGAAACAGCUGAACACACAGACACCAGAAAGACACAGCUCUGACCCAGGUGGGAGCUAAAGAAGAGGUGAAAGGGGAAGGACGGUGGGAUGGUGGAAGAGAUAUAUUGAGAGAGAACAAGAGUGAUGUUUUAUCAUGCAGUUCCUCCCAUUUCCACUGGUCCACAUGACAUUUCAGAGGUCAGGAUUGUACUGUACGUACCACCAAAACUCAUUGGGGCACCAAACUACUGUAUCUUCAUCACUGACCUCUCAAGUAAAGACACAGCUCACCAAGCUUGAAGCAGGCUAGGGGGCAGCACAGAAAUGAUUAAGGUCUCUCUCUUUUAUGCACCCUCCUCCUCCUCAUGCUACAUCGGGAGCUUUCUGAACUAUAUAACAGUACAAUCUUUAACCAAAACCCAAACAGAGCAGAGUGAAGCUCUUAAUGAAUAUAGCCCAGGUCAACCCAGAUCGAUCCGGUCUGGACCUCUCAGCCAUCUGCUAUGGGUGACACAACUUCACACACUUAAUGACUGCUAACCAAGAAUCCCUUUACUGUUGUAUCCAAUGUUGUAUGACUGAUGGAAACUAACAGACAACAUUGGAUAGAAUAAUGAUGAAACAAGUAGCCAUUUAUGUCUUGCACUGAAAACCCUAUUGAUAUGAGGAUUAUUCUAUUCUAUGUCCGUGGCGCUUCCGAUAAACUCCAAAAGUGGUUGGUAAAUAUUAGUGUUAGCUGGCCUAACAGGAAACCUGCUGUCCCAUUUUGUCAUUGGUUCCUUCCUCCUGAUUUUCUGCCCCAAGGGGUGAACAAAUGACUCCCUGACCAAGAGCACACCGGAUUAGUUGGCUUGCACCUUAGGGGUCGGAACUGAAGGGUUAAAAGCCAUGAAUUACCACGAUAAACAUAUCAGCUGCCCUGUCAUAAAUAUUUUACAGAUCUGCUAGUAAGUUAGGCAGUUAGGCAGUGUUGUAAACUGGCAAACUAACAAGUUUACAGUGAGAACAGUGCACAGCAAAACUGCAAACCUAAUAUUUAAACAAGCAGGAAUUCCCAGGUUACUUAUUUCAUAAGCUGAGUUGUUUUUGUUUGUUUUGUUUUGUUUUGUUUUUAGAGAAAAGAAGAAAUGUGUUUUAGCAAACACAAAUAAGUAAUUCAGUUAUCAGUGAGAUCAUGCUAGCCUGCUUUGAUUUCUUACACAUGUAUGAAGGAAAGUGAUAGUUUUUCAUAGUUAAAUUUGCUACCUCAGAUUUCAUUGGUCCUUGCUGUUUUUCAUCUAAGAAAAUCCAAAAUGCUUUUAUGUUGGAUAUAUAGUUUUCUCAUGUGAUGAGUAAAUAUACAAGUUUGCCAGUUUACAAAGACCAGCCAAAUGCGCCAUUAUUCUAUGUACAGUAAUAUAUGCAAACACUGGCAAGAAAAGAUGAGGAGUGUGAUUUAAUCUUAUUAUGUGUGUUAUAAGUUCAGGUCCAAAGCUUUUUAUGCAUGUGUUUGUCCUUGAUUUUGUCUUUCAAUCCGCUGGGCAUGGUUGGCAUGGUUUAAUAUAUUUGCUUCACGCACUGUAGAUUAUCACUGGAUUCUAAAGUUUAGGACAAAUUUGUUUUCUUUUUUGGCCUAAACUAGUCUUAAUGUCUUUUACACAGGCAAAUGAUGGGCUGAAAGUCUAUGUUUUGAAUCUAGACAGCACAAAGAAAAAAACCUUUGUAGUGAAGGCAUCUGAGUUCAGUUUGGAAUUGUCUGUACUGCAGCAGCAGUAAACUCCAUCCAGAUAUUAGCUGUUCCACUUAUCCUCUAAAGGGUUGUGGGGUUCUGGAGUCAAUCCCAGAUGACAUUGGGCGAGGGGCAGGGUACACUCUGGACAGGUCAUUAGUUUAUGACAGGGCUGACACAUAGAGACAGUUAAUUAAUCGGCUUGUCUUUGGACUAUGAGAGGAGGUCGAGUCCUGAGAGAAAGAUUGCAAGCUCCUCACAAAAAGGCUCCAAUCAGCUGGCAGGAUCAAACCAAGAACCUUGUUGUUGUGAGGCGACAGACACCACCAUGUUGCCCAGCAGUAAACUCAAGGAAAUUUUUACAUCACCACUACCUUUUUUGGAACUGUUUCAAAUUAAGCUUUUUGUGUGUUUCCCACAGAUACAUAUCUGAUGCAGGCCCCCAGUACAGUAAUGCAUUCUGAGGGGUGAAGAUAUGUGUAUAGCCAAGAAACACAGUAUGUUCUGUAAUGUACAGACGCAAACUGACAAACAUAACACCGAUGGUUUGGUAUUAAAACUAUCAUACUGCACCGUCCAUGAUGAUGGGAGCUUACACCACAAGGGUUACAAUCACUUGUUUAAGUGUGGUGCAAAUUUCUGAAAGUUACCAAAGCUCAGGUUUUAUAUGGUACAGUGUAGAAGUUGUAUUUGGUCCGCCUGCUGUACGAAACUGGCUACCUUUAGGCACAGUACCUCACAAGUAAUCAGUUUAUACAAAGUCCUGAAGUGUUUGGUCCAGGCUUCUGGCAUAAUAUUUCACUUUUUCACUUCACUGGGUUGUGUUCCAUCAAAGCAGUUCAACACCUCACCAGCCACCUGGUAAAUUUUGCCUGUCAAGAAAAUUGCAACUUAAUAGUGAGUGAUAUGAUUUCCUCUAUUUAUAAAUGUUCCAUUGACCUCAGCUGUGCUGUAGCUGGUCAGUAACAAGGAUGAAAAAUAGAAGUCUGCAAUGAGGGUUGGGUCUUUUGAGAAUGUUAUUCUUUUUAUACUACUGUAUGUAUUUUUUUUUUUUAAAAAGGUCCUGAAACUACAUUGUGAUAUAAUGUUUGAAAAUAAAAUAUUUGACAGAAGUUUAACACGUGGCAAGGAGCAUGUCCAUCCCAUGCAUUUUGAGUGAGGUGUGGUGCUAUCAUUGUUAAAAUAGUCCAAGGGCACAGUCUAGAGUUUACCCAGAUACCUCAGGGGCGGCAAAGAUUAAUAACAGGAGCACGUGCAAUGAUAUCACCUUAUAAAGGAGUUAAACUGAAAUAACUGAGGUUAUGUUUUUGGAUAAGUGACAUUUUUCACAGAAUCUUCAAGUUUGAUCAACUUUUAAUCUCAAGGUCUCAAGAGGAAGGAAAAUAAAAAUCCAUGACAUCUUCAAAUUGUCUUCCCUAAUACAAAAUUAGACAAGAGAAUCUUUCUUGUUCUACACAAUAAUGAGUCAUAACAGAGGAGGGAACGAAUGUUGAAGUACAGUAGUCCUUUAAACAGUUAAGACUUGUAGCAACUUAACCACAUUCAUUACUUUUUAGCUUUGCUAUUUUUUUUAAACAGUGCAUUUAUUUAAUAAAGACUCAGGAACAUGUUAUUGAUGUCAUGGGGUUAAUUUUUCUUUGUCUCAUAAGUCAAAACCAACCAAUCAGAAUGAGAAGCAUAGCAUUACAGAUCUUUGUUUUGGUGACAUUGCCCUUUAAUGCAGAAUUGUGAUGAUUGUAUUUUGCUGCUUUCUGGUCUAAGCUAUUUAAUGUAUUUAUUUGGUUGUAUGAUUAUUUUGUUUGUCUCAGUUUCUUUUGGGUUAUUGAACAUUUCAACCGGUGGAGUCAGUGAAGACUUGCUGUGUAAACGUUCCUGUGUUCUUUUGUUCAUAAUUGUGAGAUUUGCUCUCAUGCAACCAUUCUUAUUAUUUAUUCAUUGUUUAUGGGUAGAACUGUUUUGUGAAUGGUACAUAUUAUGAACUAUAAUAGCUAUUAAUAAUUCUAAUCCGAUCAACCCCCAGUUUAGGAAAAAGCCAUAUUUGGGGCAUAUUGUGCACAUGGCCUGUUUUACCUGUUUUCAUCAUUGCUUUGCCUGUGCCUGUGAAAGCUGUAACAAAUAAUCAUUUGGUAGCAUUUUUAAAUCACAUGAAAUUCAAUUCUUAAAAAAUGGAUUAGGUUUUAAAUCAAAGUUGUAAAUGCAGUUGGAUUAUCUGUGAUUUUAAAGUUCAAUUGAGGAUAUUUUACAGUGAUGUAAUCAAGAUAGCUUGAAAGACUUGAACACAUUAAAUUAUUAUAAAGGGGAGGGUCGUUUGUAAAUUAGCUGCUUUCAGAUGAAUGUGGAUUCAACAUGUUACUGCGUUCAUGGUUGAUAUUAGUCCAAAGUUGCUAGAAUUUCCCUUUUCAGUAUUUUGUAGUUAAAAUAUGAGAACUACUGAGCUCUUCUUCCUACUAAACCCUAUCUGCAUGUUGUGUUUUAUUUGGUUUAUUUCACUGACACACCCAUCACCAUCAGUUCAUUUUCACUGGCAGUCCCUAACUGUGGUCACCAGAAACAAGGGCCAUAAUAAAUUAAUCUUGACAACAAAUAUCUAGUACUAACACAGUGAAGCUGGUGUUACAUGAAGUUGUUUAGCAGUGAAUCUAUUUUUGUUGUUGUUGUUGUUAUCAGGGCAAAGGUAUUGAUUUCAAAAGUGGGCUCUCCUUGUCAUCUCGCGUAUCGUAGCGAGUGUUUUUGUUAGGGUUCAAUAACAGUCACCUAGUGGCCUGAACUAUAUCUUCACUAUCUUCACAUUGAGAACUAUGACCUCAAAACUAGAAUGUGGUUGUUGUCAACUCUUCUUCUUUGACCCUAUGUGUGGCAGUACACCUUAGUGAAAUAUUCAAUGCUAUAGAAUACAUUUGUGUAAUGCACACUGCAUAUUCUAACUGUAGAGGUUGCACUUGGGGGGAAAAAGUCCAUGUGGGCAAGGGGAGGGGAGAGUGUUGGAGUGUUGUUCAUCGUUGAAUUUUGACACACCCAAACAUAAAAACCUUACACACAGACACAUACACUUCUCUUAAUUGUUCUUCCGUACUGCUGAGACUUUUCAGCUCUAUUCACCUUUCUUGGGGAAGGGUUGAGGGGGUGGUGGUUUGUGGUGGGGGUUGGGCAGAUCUUCAGGUAGCAGGUUUAAAAAAACAACUCUCAGCAUAGCCUAAACUCUGAGUUGACUAACUCUGAAAUGGGAAAUUCAAGUGUUUUACAGUUCCAGACCAAGAGUCAGUUCAAUCAACACUGAGUCCAGCAUGUUCACUCUGUUUAUAAAAAGCCACCAUCAUUGGAGCGCCAGUGCUAAGAUUCAGAGCCGCCAUUUUAAUCCAGUAGCACUAGAAAUAUUCAUGUGAUAUUAAUGCACAUUUAUCUUUAAAGAGAGAGCAGCAGUGAAAGAACCUGAACUAAAGAUAAGUUCACACUAACAUUUUUUGAGCAGACCCCACCCAUUCAUCUAUCAGCAGACUUGAAUGUUCUUAAUGGAUGAUACAUGUUUUAAAAACAGGCCUAUUUACACAGCUACAACCUGACAGGGACAAAGUUCUGGCGGCAGCAGAUGAUGAAAAGUUUAUGUUUAGACGUGUGAUUGUAACCUCAUAGUCCAACUUGGUAUGAAUGAGGCUUGUCAGGCAGCUUCUUCACGCUCAGCAGGAGGGAAGAGACAGAGAAACUCAGGGUUUGUUGACAGUAAUACAGUAGGUCAGGGUCACUGGGAGCAACUGACUCAGUUGAAGUGAUUUCUGUUUCUGGAAAUGAAAAAUCUCUCAUUGUAGGAUUAAUUAUUCACUAAACCUGCUCUCUGGACCCCCACCCCCCACCCUGUCUCUCCUUACUUGUACAUACAAACUUCUACUACUUGUAAAGGAAUCCAAGUCUUUGACACUCAUAUAGCCAGCACUAUGCAGAAACUGAAACAUUUUCUUUGGCAUGCUUUGAAAUGCAGAAUAUUAUAGAGGAAAAUAUACAAAAUAAAUGAAGGCUUCUCUAAUUUCUUACUUCUUAAAUAAUCAUCUUAUUUAAAAAAAAUGGAUGGAUGAUAAUAAUGAUGAGGCUGAUGAGAGGUGAUGAAGCUAAGACUUUUAAUAUUGUGCAUAUUUUUAAUCGCAUGCUGCACUAAGAAUCCUCUAGUAAUGAGAGGGUUUGAUGUGUAGAGGAGCUGAUUUUUGCUGUAUGCUUGCAAACUGUGUGUAGAGUGAAACACUGAAUUCUUCCAGGUUAUGGAAGAAUCAUAUUUAUAUACACAUAUAUAUACACACUACUUCCAGGUCAUGGAAGAGAGGGGUUAAUAGCUGCAAAUAGUGAUUCUAGAUGAUACAAUAUUAUUGUAUAUUUGUAUCUUUGGUUGCAAACCACUGUAAUGAAGUGAUGCAUGUGUGGCAGUCCUGGACAGAACUGUAAACUGUUCCCCAAAUAUCAGAGUGCUUGUUUGACCUUUCUGGGCUCUGUUUUCACUUCUGCCUUAGAAGUUAAAUCAAAUUCACCUAAUAGUUUGCAAAUUUUGCUUUUACCUAGCUGGGACAGGCUGAGGAAUAACUAUUAUCUAUACAUCUGAAUGCAGGUUUUGAGCACUUUUUACUUUCUUGUCAGUGCACAAGGUGUUAAAAUCUGUGAAGGUAUAUCCUUUUGCAAAUGUUUGGAAAAUAGAAAAUCUUUUUAAUAGUUUAUACUCUAUGGCCACCCCUGGGAUACUGCGUUAAUCAUAGAUUUAUACUGUAAUACUGAGCUGGCCAAAGCUCAAAAAGCUUUCAUAUUAUGAAUGUUAAAGAAUGUUACGAGGGGAAAUGGUGAAGCUCCAGGUUCUGAUUGUACGACGGCAUUAACAGU